AUGUUUCUUAGAGCUCUGAGACCGUCUAUGCAAAAAGCGGCUGCCAAAAAUUUCGAGGUCACCUUGCGGUCUAAUAGCAGUGCAAGCACACCUGUUAAGAUAAGAGAAAUCGUUGAUGCUACUACGACAAGUAAAGAGAUUGUUAGUGGUGCUCCAUCCGAAUUGGCCGCUUCCGACAACAGAGUUGUUCGUAUAUAUAAGGAAGCACAGUAUGCUACUCAGUCCAGUGCCAGAAAUUCCUUCUUCUGGAAACUUGAAUUUGACAUUCUUCCUAAAGGUAAUAGAUGGGAAAACGACUUGAUUGGGUACCAAGGUACUACAGAUUAUGUCCAGGCUACUAGAUUAGACUUUAUCACUAAGGAAGAUGCGGUCAGAUUUGCCGAGGGUCAAGGUUGGGAUUAUUAUGUUCAGCAUCCCAAAGAGAAGAAGUUCAAGGUCAAACAGUAUGCAAAUAACUUUGUUCAUUGUAAAGGCCCAUUGAAGAUCAUCAGAACCAAAUGA